AUGUCUGGUUGUGGAGAAGGGCGAGACCAGCCGCAGAACUCCGGUAGUAAUCAACCUGGAGACUUUGAAAAGAUGGCGGAAGCACUAUCGCUCGCUGCGUCAGGGGGCUGGUUUGGUAACGACGGAAGCUGGUCAACGUUCCUGGUUCAAGUAGGGACGCCACCGCAAACGUUUAAUGUGCUACCGGCGACUCAGGCUCAGAACAUCUGGCUUCCGAUUUCCGAUGAGUGUGUCAGACUGCAAGGCGGAUCAGCCUCGUGCGGCAGCUCUCGCGGUGCAUCUCCGUUCCAACAAAGUCCAAGUCCUGGGUUCCAAGCGAACAUGUCGUCGACCUGGGAAGCCAUUGGUCUUUAUGAACUCGGAAUGGGAAGGAUCCACGGAAUCACCGGGAACGGCCUCCAUGGGUUUGAUAGUGUUGCGCUGUAUAACUUCACAUUGGAACAUCUGGCGGUCACCGCGUAUGCCUCGCCCGGCUUCUGGAUCGGACAGAUGGGACUGUCGCCGCUGUCACUAAACUUCUCAGAGACAAUCAGCUCGCCAUCUUUGAUCUCGGCUCUCAAGGAUGAUGGUCAUAUACCCAGUCUGACGUAUGGAUAUCAGGCUGGCGCCCCGUAUCGCAAAACGAAGAUAGCCGCCAGCCUCGUUCUUGGAGGCUAUGAUCUUGCACGUGCAUCAGAGCCCUUGACAAUCGACAUCAACACCGACAUGUCCAGAGCUCUUACAGUCGGUCUCCAGGAUAUCAUAGUAACCGAUUCAUUGAACGGAACACUUUCGCUGGUUGACAAUGAGCGAAUCCUUGCUCCGAUCGAUUCGUCCAUCCCAGAGAUAUGGCUUCCGAAGUCUGUCUGCGAUCGCUUUGAGUCCGUAUUCGGUCUGGAGUAUCAUGAGAGGUCGGGCAGAUACGUCCUCAGGGAUUCGGCCAGGGAUCGACUUCGGGGACUCAAUCCCACCUUGACGUUCACUAUUGGUACCAACGCCUUCACGGGUGGCAACACUACUUUGAUUCAAAUCCCAUAUGCGGCUUUCGAUCUGCAGGCAGGGUAUCCAAUCUUUGCGAAUGCGACGAACUAUUUCCCGAUUCGAAGAGCUGAUAAUGAGAGCCAGUACGCCAUUGGUAGGGCGUUCCUACAAGAAGCUUACAUCGGCGUUGACUUCGAAAAUGGCAUAUUCAACGUCAGCGCGGCGAGAUGGGAUGAUGGGGAAGCUGAUAUAGUAACUAUCCCAGCUGCUGACCGUGAUUCCGAGGUAGCCCGCGGGCAGGGCAUCUCUGGUGGUGCGAUAGCUGGGAUCGUCGUGGGCUGCGUAGCAGCGAUCGUACUCUGCAUCCUAUGCGCAUGGGUUUUUGUAUGGAAACCUAGAAGAAUGCGGAAGCAGAGCACGGUGCUGGUAGAAGAGAAGGGGGCUCACGACGCGCCAGAUCCAGCUCCGGAGCUGACAAGUGUGACCUUUCAUGAGUUGCCAGCCAAACACGGGGAUAGCGAACUAGAGGACAUUGUGACAGUACCAGAGCUGGGUAGGGAGGAGCAUGUUCAUGAGUUGCACCCCGAUUGCGUUCGAUGA